AUACAUGGAGGGGCUCUCGUGUUGGGAUCAAUAUUUCAGGACAUUUAUGAUGGAAGUGUACUGGCUACUCGCGAUUUAGUGAUAGUGUCCACCAAUUAUAGAUUGGGUCAAUUUGGGUACUUAUAUGGGGAUCGGGAGGACGCACCCGGAAAUGUGGGCUUUUAUGACCAGUUAUUGGCCCUUAAAUGGGUGAAAGAAAACAUUCAUCAAUUCGGUGGAGACAGCGAUCAGAUCACUAUAUUUGGUGAGAGCGCCGGUAGUUGGUCCGUAUCGGCACACAUAUUGUCGCCUCUAUCAAAAGGGUUGUUUAAAAGGGCUAUUAUGCAAAGUGGGGCCCAUAUGUAUAACAAGGACAAUGAUGUUGUCAGUAAAGCCGAGGCCCUCUCCCGCGCCAAACAAAUAGCAAAACAACUGAAUUGUAGUGAAACUGAGGAUUGGUUGCAGUGUUUGCGAAAAGUGGACGCAAACGAGUUGUCAAAGUAUUCCCGAAACCCGACUUAUCCAGUGUUGGGCACUGAGUUUCUGCCCAUUUCGGCACAAAAAGCAUUUGAGACUAAAAAGUUUAAUUCAGAUAUCGAUCUCAUGGCGGGUGUCAAUCGGGACGAGGGCUCAAUGUUUAUCAAUAUAGUCAUUAAAGACAUAAAUAAUAUGACACUUCAGAACUUUACGACAGGUGUUAAAGGAUUGGACGCCAUAUAUCACGGAAUUGAUACCCAAAAAGUGUCCGAUUAUUAUCUUAAAAAUGUGAACACAAGUAAACCCCUAUACCUGAGAUUUGCAUUUUCCGACCUCAUGGGUGAUUUGGCCCUCAAAUGUCCGACCUAUUCAUUUGCCAAACAAUUUGCAAUCGCUGUUAAGGAUAUGCAUAGAGUUUACUUUUAUGAACUUUUCUACGCGAGUAAAACUUUUGCCAAAAUAUUCAAUUGUGACAUUCCCACCAUGGGCAUAUGUCACGCAAUGGACAUACCAUUUGUAUUUGGAUUACCAUUCAUUCGACCCGAUUAUGAACCCGAAGAUGUUUAUUGGAGUAAACAUAUGAUGGAUAUGUGGACUAAGUUUGCUAAAGAUGGACAUGAGGACCAGGGGUGGCCUCAACUUCUUAACCACGAGCUAAAUGUAGUGCCAAUUGUGAAGGGUUUGGAUCCGUUGAAUAUAUCGCUGGUAGAGAACGACCCCUUUCACGACACCUUCGGGUCAUUCUCUCAGGCGACUUCCAAUCUCUUGACAGAACUCCAGAAAGUGAUCCAAACCUUCAGCGAUGGCUCGAAAGUCAAUAAAGAAAUCCAUGAAAUCAAAGAAGUCUACGAAAAGCCAAAACAAAUCGCCAAAAAUCCAAAGACUGAUACUAGUAUUGACCAGUUUUUAGGCAUUCCGUACGCCGAACCACCGGUCGGACAGUUGAGGUUUGCUAAACCACAACCACUUAAAAAGCCUUUGGAUGUUAGAGAAAACAUUCAUCAAUUCGGUGGAGACAGCGAUCAGAUCACUAUAUUUGGUGAGAGCGCCGGUAGUUGGUCCGUAUCGGCACAUAUAUUGUCUCCCCUAUCAAAGGGGCUGUUUAAGAGGGCUAUUAUGGAAAGUGGGGCCGUUAUGUACAAUAAGGACAGACCUGUUCUCAGUGCAAAUGAAUCGCUAGCUAUGGGUCAAUAUAUGGCAACUCAACAAAACUGCAGUACAUCUGAGGAUUGGCUAAAUGUUUGUGUUGAUGUGAACACAACAUCGGGUGUAGUGAGAGGUCUGACAGUGAAUGCAUUGAACACAAGUGUCGACCAGUUUUUGAACAUUCCUUACGCCGAACCCCCGGUCGGGAGCCUUAGGUUCGCUAAACCCGUACCCCUUAAAGAGCCCAUAAAAGAGAUUAUAGAUGGGACCGAAACUGGGAACUCAUGUUAUCAACCAGUAUCUGAUAUAUAUAAAGACUUUAUCGGAAAUUUAACUCUAAGCGAGGACUUAAUGUUUUGGAUUCAUGGCGGGGCCCUCGCUAUCGGGUCAUCAUUUCAAUACCAAUACAACGGCAGUGCACUGGCAGCUCAUGAUGUGGUCAUUGUGUCCACAAACUAUAGGUUGGGUCAGUUGGGCUUUCUAUAUGGGGGUCGGGAGGACGCACCCGGAAAUGUGGGCUUUUAUGACCAGUUAUUGGCUCUCAAAUGGGUUAGAGAAAACAUUCAUCAAUUCGGUGGAGACAGCGAUCAGAUCACUAUAUUUGGUGAGAGCGCCGGUAGUUGGUCCGUAUCGGCACAUAUAUUGUCUCCCCUAUCAAAGGGGCUGUUUAAGAGGGCUAUUAUGGAAAGUGGGGCCGUUAUGUACAAUAAGGACAGACCUGUUCUCAUACAUCUGAGGAUUGGCUAA